AUGGAGUGCAUCGCAAGAGCCCCAUCGUCCUUCGCCUCAUACUUCCUCGAGUCCGCGCAGAAGGCCUCCAUGAACGCCCGCGCGAUCAGCUCGUCCAUCUACCACCAAAAUGCGGCGCUCUGCCCUCCUUCCGUCGCGUCUCUCCCAGCAGCGUCACCCGCCGAUGUGCGCGCAACCACCGUCACAAUGGCGGCUCUCGAGUACAUGGCCACACAGCUCUCCCGCCACAUACGCCCACUUAAAGCCCUCAGACACUUCAUGAAAGGCAGACGGCGUACGAGCGAGGGAAGUAGGGAUGGUAAAAACACCAGUGGGGGCGACAGUAGUGGCAGUAGCGAGGGUCUUCUGGGCCUAAACGCACUGCCCCUGCCUGCAAUCGUCCCUUGCCCGAUUCCCGUCGUCGCGACCGUCGAAAGCAAUUUCCAUCGCGCCAGCGCCAUCGCUCACUCGCAGGCGGCAGCUGCUGCGGAGCCGCUCACGGCACCCAUGCUGAACGGCUCGGCGCGGCUGACGUCGUCGCUGCUGGUGUCGUUCCUCGUGAACUACUCCGUGCUCGUGUCCGACUGGUGGCAGUUCAAGUCCACGGCUCGCGAUCACCUCUUCGCCUGUCUCGGCGCGAGAUGGCCGCUCGCCGUCACAGCAGUGCACACCGCCAGUGACUCCAAUUCCGCCGCCGCUAUUGCCGCCACAGCCGCCGCCGCCGCCGCCGUCGCCGCCGCCGCCGCUGCGAAGGGAACAACAAGUACGCGCACCCGUCGCGAGCUGUCCCCAGCGUCGCUCAUCCGCAAGCUGAGUGGCUCGUGGGGCGGACUCCGCGCGCCCGCUAAUCCGCACGCGGACGGGUGCGGAGAGAGGACGGGGAGUGAGGAGGACGACAGCACGGAGGAGGCCGCGGAGCGAGCUGCUGUGGCGGCGUUUCGGAAAGGGAUCACUGAGGGGGACGGGCGGGGUGCGCGCGUGGCGCACGUGGUGGCGGACGGGCUGGACCCGCACAUGGUGUGGGCGCAGCGGCAGAUGGACGUGGACGCGGAAGACCGCCGGCGCGACUCGCUGGGCGAGCCCGGGUUCUCCUUCUCGGCCGCGGGGCUGCUGUUCCCGUACCACCUGGGCGUGGCGCAAUACCUGCUGGACCAUGGCUACAUCACGGAGUCGACCCCCCUAGCGGGCGCGUCAGCGGGCGCGCUGGUGAGCGCGGUGGUGGCGACGGGUGUGGAGCCGCGCAGCCUGAUGCCGCUCGCCAAGCUGGUGGCCGCCGACUGCCGGAAGAACGGCACGGCGUUCCGCAUCGGGGUGCUGCUGCGAGGAGUGCUCAACCGCAUUCUCCCCGACGACGCGCACAUCAAGUGCUCCGGUCGCAUCCGAGUGGCGAUCACGCAGGUGUUUGGGUCGCCGCGCGGGUGGCUGGUGGACGCGUUCGAGUCGAAGGAGGACCUCAUCGACGCGCUCAUCACCUCCUCCUUCGUGCCCGGGUACUUGGAACCCCGGGCGACCACUUCCUUCCGCAACCGCACGUGUGUGGAUGGUGGCAUUUCGCACUUCAUCCCGCCCACUGCCAGCGAGCACACCGUGCGUGUGUGUGCCUUCCCAGCGAGUGGCUAUGGGCUGACAGGAACUGACAUUGACCCUGACAUGAACACGCUCAAUAACAACUGGACUAUGAGACAGUAUCUCUCCUGGGCUCUGGAGCCCGCAGAGGAUGACGUGUGGGACGGGCUCUUCAACAGCGGCUAUGCCGAUGCGGCCACGUGGGCCAGCACUUACACCGGCCCCCUCUACCAUCCCAUCUCCUCUCAGUGCAACACCCGCGCCACCACUUCAGCUGCUGCAAAUAUUUGUAGCCCUGUUAGAUAG